UGAUUAGUAGAAGUUAGAAGGUAAAGAUAAGAAGCAUAUUAGGUCUACAGGUAUAUCUUAUUUUCUAAACAGCUCUUAGCUUCUUUUUCGUUUUCACAUUAUAUUUCUGUUGACAUAAUCAAAUCUCCAACAUAUUUAAUAGAAAACCACGCAAUUGACAUUUUCAAAAAGAACCGGAGGAAAAUAUUAUAACGAGAAUUCAGUUUCAGUAUCUGAUAAGAUCCGGUAAAAUAUAUUUUAAAAUCUAUAUGCAGCGCACAAAUAGGUUAAGAGAAACGCCCGUCUAUAUAAUCCAUUCCACAAGUUUCAUUCACACACACUCAACAAUGAAAAGCCUCAUCAUCCUCAUCGUUGCUCAUUUCUGUAUCAUUGUUUCACCGACCACAACGAUGGGAGGUUGGCCAAAACCUUCAGAAGUCUCUAAUGAGGAGAAGCUGGUGAAUACCGGCCAAGCUCAACCCCAUUUAUACGCUGGUAAAUUCAAUUUUGGAGAUUCCAAAGUCUGGAAAUGUACCUAUAAUAACGGAUCUGGAGUGGCCAUUUCUAUUAGUUACCCUUCACCUCCUCAACCCCCGUCACAAAAGCCUCCAACUCCGUCGUCUCCUCCGACUCCUAAGAUGGCUCCGCCACUACCUAAACCCUCACCUCCACGUCCAUCUCCGAAGAAGUCUCCUCCACCUCCUAAACCCUCAUCUCCGCCUCCAACUCCAAAAAAGUCUCCUCCGCCUCCUAAACCAUCGCCUCCGCCUCCAACUCCAAAAAAGUCUCCUCCGCCUCCUAAACCAUCGCCUCCACCGACUCCUAAAAUGUCUCCGCCAUCACCUACACCAUCACCUCCACGUCCAACUCCAAAAAAAUCUCCUCCUAACCCAUCAUCUCUGACUCCAAAUGAGUCUCCUCCACCUGCUAAAACAUCAAUUCUGAUCAUUCACUCUCCACCACCGCCACACGAACCAAUCCCAGCACAAUCCCCUCCAAAAGAACCAACAACGCCAUCAACUCAAUGGCCUCCUUAUCGGAAUUGGAAUCCGUUAGGUCUUUAG